AUGCGGACCAAACUUGACGGUCGUAUUCGAACUCAAAUCGAAAAUGGUGUUGCCACUGGACACCGUUCAAUGUUCGCAUUAGUAGGAGACAAAUCAAGGGAUCAAGUGCCCAUUCUUUAUCAUAUUCUAUCGAAAUCGACAGUUUCUGCUCGUCCAAAUGUGCUCUGGUGCUACAAAAAGGAGCUUUCCUUCUCAACACAUCGUCAGAAGAAGGCGAAGAAAAUGAAAAAGGCGACGACUACUAUUUCUGGAAGUCUUCCAGAUGCUGAUCCAUUUGACGUCUUCAUUUCAUCAACGCAGAUCAGAUAUUGUUACUAUAAUGAGACGGAGAAAAUUCUGGGAAAUACUUUCGGAGUUCUUGUUUUGCAAGAUUUCGAAGCAAUGACUCCAAACUUGCUUGCUAGAACAAUCGAAACUAUCGAAGGAGGUGGCAUGGUUAUUCUUUUGAUGCAAUCUGUUCGAUCUCUUCGUCAGCUCUAUACGAUCUCAAUGGAUGUGCAUAAUCGAUACCGUACUGAGGCUCAUAAUGAAAUCACGGCACGUUUCAAUGAGAGGUUUAUCCUUUCACUGGCUUCAUGCUCAUCAAUUCUUGUUCUUGAUGAUCAAUUGAGAGUUUUGCCGAUUUCUAGUCAUAUCGAGAAUGUUGAAGCGAUUCCAGCGUCUCAGAAGAAAAGCCAAAGCGAAGCAGAUGCAGAACUAGCCGGUUUGAAAGAGGCGAUGAAAGAAACGAAGCCAAUCGGUCCACUUCUUUCGCGUGCUCGCACCGCUUGUCAAGCUAAAGCACUUCUCCGAUUCCUCGAUGUUAUCACUGAGAAACAGUCGAAUGUGACGUGUUCGUUGACUGCUGGUCGUGGACGUGGAAAGUCAGCAGCUGUCGGAUUGUCAUUGGCUGGAGCCAUUGCUUUCGGAUAUACCAACAUCUUCGUGACAUCUCCAUCCCCUGAAAAUUUGAAGACUUUAUUUGAAUUUAUUGUCAAAGGGUUUGAUGCUUUGGACUAUCAAGAACACACUGAUUACGAGCUCAUUCAAUCUGCAAAUCCAGAAUUCAAAAACUGUCUCGUUCGAGUCAACGUGUUCCGUGAGCAUAAACAAACUAUUCAGUAUAUCAGUCCUACCGACGUGCAGAAACUAGGCCAAUGCGAGCUCAUUGUGAUCGACGAAGCGGCUGCAAUUCCACUCCCUCUUGUCAAAGAACUCAUCUCUGGACCAUACAUCUCAUUCUUGGCGUCGACAAUCAAUGGAUAUGAAGGAACUGGACGUUCUCUCUCACUUAAACUUUUACAACAAUUGAGACAACAAUCAGCUGGAGGAGAAGCUAAGGAAGGAAAAAGUGCUUCAAGCAAAGGAAGAACUCUUCAUGAAAUGCAUAUGGAGGAGAGUAUUCGUUACAAGCCCGGAGAUAAGCUCAAACUUGAAUGCGGUACUCCACCACCAUCUGCUUGUGAACUCUACAUCAUCAAUCGAGAUUCACUUUUCUCGUUCCACGAUGCUUCUGAAAGCUUCCUCCAACAAGUUAUGGCGAUUUUCGUCUCUGCUCACUACAAAAACAGUCCGAAUGAUCUUCAGAUGCUCUCCGAUGCUCCAGCUCAUAAUCUGUUCGUUCUUAUGGCGCCAAUUGACAAGAAUCGGAAGACUCUUCCCGAAGUACUGGCUGUUGUUCAAGUAUGUCUUGAAGGUCGUCUAGAUUCUGACAAUAUUGAAAACGGACUGGAGAGCGGGAAACGAGCAGCCGGAGAUCUUCUUCCAUGGACUGUUUCUCAACAAUUCAUGGACAAACGGUUCGGAACACUCUGUGGGGGACGAAUCGUUCGUGUUGCAGUUCAUCCAGAUUAUCAAUCAAUGGGCUAUGGUAGUCGGGCGGUUCAGCUGAUUGAACAAUACUAUUUGGGAUUGGCAACAUCUUUGGAUGAAGAGGAGACUGUUCCACAGAAGAAAAAUGUGAUUAAACAAGUAAAUGACGGUCACACAGUUGAACUUCUUGAAGAGCGUAUCGAGCCAAGAGCAGACUUACCACCACUCCUUCAACGUCUCGACGAGCGAAAACCGGAGAAGCUUGACUAUUUGGGAGUAUCCUUCGGUCUUACAGUUCCACUUUUGAAAUUCUGGAAGCGUUGCGAGUUCGUACCAGUCUAUGUGCGCCAGAAUUCGAAUGAUAUCACUGGAGAACAUACGUGUAUUAUGCUGAAAGGAUUGGAACAUGCUAGUGCUGAUAGUGAUGAAGAACCUGUUGCCACGUGGCUUCCAGUUUACUGGCGAGAGUUCCGACGUCGUCUUGUCAACUUGUUGUCAUUUGAUUUCUCCACUUUCCCGGCUCAAAUGGCUCUUUCUCUCCUUCAACUCAAGAACAAAAAUGUUGAGAAACAGAUGAAGCGUCUCGUUAUCGAGCGUCCUGAGUUGGCACUUCACUUGUCGAACACAGAUCUGAGGAGAAUGGGACAAUAUGGACGUAAUAUGGUGGAUUCCCAUAUCAUCACUGAUAUUUUUCCUAUCAUUGGAAAGUUGUAUUUUGAGCAACGAAUGCCUCAAGAGCUGAAAUUGGCUGUCACUCAAGCCGCUAUCCUCCUCGCACGCGGUCUUCAACACAAGCAAUUUGACGAUAUCUCCAAAGAAUUGGAUCUUCCGAUGAAUCAAGUUUUUGCUCUUCUCACUAAAGCAGUCCGUCGUAUCGGUGAUUGGUUUGAUGAAGUCUGUGAGAGUGCUGUCAGAGAAAAUCUCGAUAAAGAAUCUGAAGCGGCUGCUGCCAGCAAACCGAUCUCAACACUACCAAAAGCAGUGCCAUUGGCUAAUUUGGAAGAUGAACUCGACGCGGCUGCAAAGGAGAUUCGUGCUCGCCAUGAUCGCGAUCGGAAGGCGCUUCUCGCGGAGUUGGGCUCGGAUUUACAAAAAUAUGAAAUUACUCAAGACGAGAAGGAGUUGGCUGAAGCCUAUGAAGCUGUUAAUAUGAAAUAUGCAAAUAAAUUGGUUAGCGUUAAGAGUAAAAGAACCGCUGUUCAAGCUCAAAUUCCUGAUGCAAAAGAUCCAUUGGAGAAGAAAUCGAAAAAGAAGAAGCGUUUCUCAAAUGGAGGUCGUCAUUAA